AUGAAGGCUUUCCUUGUCCUCCUGCUGGGAGCAGUCCUGUGCUUGGACUCAGGUUCUUCUUUGAAGUGUUACAGCUGCACGUCACAGCUCAGCAACUCCAACUGUAAGAAGGAAGAGGAGUGCAAGGAUGAGGAAAAUUGCAAGACAGAAGUGAUCAGGAUCGCAGGGCUCUUCAACAUCAUCAGCAAGGGCUGUGAUUCAUCGUGCAAAGUAUCCUAUCAAGACUUCAGC